AUGUUUGGAACGAUUCGCCGAUUUGGCGGUUCCAAUGCGCUCCGCGCAUCCCUACCUCGCUCUCUCUCAACAAGAUGGGCUUCCCAACUGCCAAAGAUCCAAGCUCCGUUGGCUUCUUCUGCUUUGACGAGAUCGCUGCACUCUUCCUUCCCCAGAUUCUCAGCUGUUGCUCAAGAAUCUGUUGAGACCGAGUCGCCGAAGCCUUUCCAAGAGUUCUCGGAACUCGGUGAACAAGGCUUGGUUAACACAGCGAUCAUCAAGAACAUCACCGAUGCUUCCCGGAUGAACCUCAAGACCAUGACUGAGGUGCAAUCCAUGACUCUUCAAGAGAUCGUUAAGGGCACUGAUGUCCUUGCCCAAGCUAAGACAGGAACUGGAAAGACUCUUGCUUUCCUUCUUCCCACCCUUCAAAAUAUCCUCAAUGAUCCUGGCGUCGACGUUUCCAAGGUUGGACGUUACUCCAGAACCGCUCCUUCCGAGAUUCGUGCCCUUGUCAUUUCGCCUACCCGUGAAUUGGCCGAACAGAUUGCUGUUGAGGCUAAGAAGGUCGCCUUCGGCACUGGCCUCAUUGUGCAGACUGCUGUUGGAGGUACCCAGAAGCGCCACGGCCUGAUGAAAAUUCAGAGAGAGGGCUGCCAUCUCCUCAUCGGUACCCCAGGACGCCUCAAGGAUAUUCUAUCCGAUCCUUGGACUGGUGUCGCUGCUCCUAAGCUCAACACUUUAAUCCUUGACGAGGCAGACCGUCUGCUUGACCAAGGAUUUGCUCCUGAUAUCAAGGAUAUCCAGGGAUUCCUCCCCGAUCCCUCCAAGGUUGACCGCCAGACACUCAUGUUCUCUGCUACUGUUCCCCGUGAAGUGAUGUCUCUGGUGCGCCAGACUUUGAAGCCCGGUUUCGAGUUCAUCCAGACUGUUCGUGAAGAUGAGGUUCCUACCCACCACAGAGUGCCCCAAAAGGUCGUCCGGUUACGCGGUCUUGAGAACGGCAUGCCCGCUCUCCUCGAAAUUGCCAAGAAUUACGAAGCCCGUCGUAGCAGCGGGGAGGACCUCCGUCCUUUCAAGGCCAUCGCCUAUUAUAACUCGACUGCGGAGACCAAGGCUGCCGCUGACGCUUUCAACAACCUUCGUCGUUCCCAGAACUUCGGUCAAUCCCCUAUGGGUGAACUGAAGAUGCUCGAGAUCAACUCGCGUCUGACCCAGGCCGAGCGUACUCGCAGUGCCGAAAGCUUCCGCAGAUCCCCCACUGGUAUCCUGUUUUCCUCGGACGUGACUGCCCGUGGUAUGGAUUUCCCCGACGUUACCCACGUCGUUCAGAUCGGCGUCCCCCGUGACACCGAGACCUACAUUCACCGUCUCGGUCGUACUGCCCGUGCCGGCAAGGAGGGUGAGGGCUGGCUCCUCAUCCACGAUGGCGAAGAGGGCGUCUACCGCUCCCGUCUCGGCCGUAUCCCCAUGCAGCAGGGUGCUCUUCCUGCAGCCAAGGCCGACAUGUCCCAGGUGACUCCCGAGUUAGAUUCCAAUGAUACUGUCAGCCAGAUGAAGGCCGCCAUGGUCGGCGUCGGUAUGACCCACAAGAUUAAGUCUUUCAUGGGCCAGCUUGGCACACUCAACGGCAACUUCUCUAGCAAGAGAUAUGCUAUUGAGGCUUUGAACCAGCAGUUCAUUGACGGAUUUGGCAUGGAAUCUGCCCCUGAGAUCAACCCCCGAGUUGCCCAGCAGAUGGGUCUCAGCAGAAUCCCUGGUGUCAACAUUGGCCACGGCUCGCGUCAAGGAGCCAUUGGAAAUAUGGAUGACAUGUUUUCUCGCGGUGGUGCCUCGAAUGGCGAACGCGAAUUCUCCCGUGGUGGAAGCCGCGGUGGAUUCUCACGCGGGGGUGACCGUUCAUUCUCCCGCAAUGACCGUGGUUUCUCCCGUGGUGACCGUGGUGACCGUGGUGACCGUGGUGGCUUCUCUCGUGAUGGAGGCCGUGGCGACCGUCGCGGAGGCUACGGUGACCGCCGCGGUGACCGCGGCUCAUCACGCCCCCCUCGUCGUAACUUGGACGAAUUCAACUUCUAA